AUGUCACUUAUACAGCGAAGUGUAGUACGCACUAAGCGUUGUGUACCAACUACAAGUCGACGCUCCUGUUCUUCUAGCACCGCCGCCGCUUCGUGUGUGGAUCAGAAGGGGACCAAGAACAAAGUGACGGGCGUUACUGAAGUGGAGGGCGAGUGGCAGCGGCAUGUCGUGUCGGGGCUGCAACCGACAGGUGCGCUACAUGUCGGUAACCUCUUCGGCUCACUGCGGCGCUGCGUGCGCGCGCAAGACAAUGGCGACAGGCUCACGUUAUUCGUCGCCGAUCUGCACGCCCUCACCACGCACACGGAGCCGUUGAUACUGCAGGAGAACACGUUGCGGCUGACAGCCCUGGCGCUGGCUGCGGGCAUACAACCCGAGAGCAGCAUACUGUUCGCGCAGUCAGCCGUGCCGCGGCAUACUGAGUUGUGUUGGCUGCUCGCCUGCCUGUGCUCACAGGCCAGGUUGCACCACCUGCCGCAGUAUCGAGAGAAGGCAGGCACGCGCGGCGCCGACGUGCCGCUGGGGCUGCUAUUGUACCCCGUGCUGCAGGCAGCCGACGUGUUGGUGCAUCGCGCCACGCACGUGCCUGUGGGCGCCGAUCAGUUACAGCACCUACAACUAGCUGCGCUGCUGGCGCGCACCUUUCACCAUCGCUACGGCCGCGCCUUCCCCAUACCGCGCGCUGUACUACCUGACGAUGGCAGUGAUCGUAUCCGGAGUUUGCGGGACCCUCUGAAGAAGAUGUCCAAGUCGGAUCGGGACGGCAAAGCUACCAUUCUGCUCACCGACUCCGACGAUGACAUUCGCAUAAAGAUUCGCAAGGCUGUAACGGAUUUCACACCACAGGUGACUUUCGAUCCCGACCAGCGACCGGGCGUGGCCAACCUGGUGCGGUUGCACUGCCUGGCCACUGACAAGGUGCCGGAGGAAGUGGUCGAGGAAAGCGACGGUCUCACUACUGCCCAAUACAAG